AUGCCAAGAGGCAGUUAUGAACAGACUUUCUUGCCCAAGUAUGACUUCGUGAUUGGCGUAGAUGAAGCAGGCCGGGGGCCUCUAUGCGGUCCUGUUACUACGGCGGCUUUUUGCUGGUAUGAUUACGGGACUAUACAGGAUUAUGAUUGGACGGGAAAGAUCAACGACUCAAAACAGAUCAAAGAAGACGACCGGGAAAAAUUAUAUGACUCCAUCAAGGAUUCAAGCAUCGACAAGAAGUACAGUUUCGAUUUAUACGAUUGUGGUGCGGAUGAGAUAGAUAGAAUUAAUAUUCUUGCAGCGACUUUGGAAUCAAUGAAGAAAGCGGUGUAUAAGGUGAUGACCCGUAUAAUAGAUGAUCAUAAGGACAUGUGUAAUAUAAAGAUGAAGGUGUUGGUGGACGGUGAUAAGGUUCCUCCUGGGUUGGAGUACAUGCGGGGAAGUUCCCUUUUUGCUCUACCGGUUCAGAUCCAGGCAGUGACCGUUUCAGCGAUUAUUAAAGGUGACGCUAAAGUAUUUUCUAUAGGUGCGGCUAGCAUUGUGGCCAAGGCCCACAGAGACCGGGUGAUGCGCCGUUAUGCAGUCGAAUAUAAAGGAUAUGAUCUUGAGACCAAUAAGGGUUAUGGAACUGAGUUUCAUCGGAAAGCAAUUGCUCAUAUUGGACCAUCAUUCAUUCAUAGGUUGAGCUUUGAACCAUGUUAUUCCUGUAUUGCUACCGGUACCUUUUCAGUGCCAUCGGGAAGGAAUUGGCUGGAUGUAGAAAACCUCAAAACGGUUACCACUGUUAAGGAGAAUAAAAGACAACCAAAUCAAAAGGUCAAGAAACUUCCACUCAAAACCAGAAAACCACUACCUAACAAGUCCCACUCGGGACUUGCUAAUAACAAGAAAAAUCUUAGAACCAAAGUCAAUAGAUAUUAA